AUGUACGGGACCCAACAUAGGGGUCUCCCCCCUAACCGUCUCAACGAGCUCUUGGAUCAGGUGCGGCAAGAGUUUGAUGGCCAAAGCAGAAGCUCGGAGCACUAUGAAAACCAGGUAAAUGGUCAAAUUCAGGAAAUGGAAAUGAUCAGAAACAAGUUAUACCAGCUGGAGCAGACACAGAUUAAAAUGAAGAGUGAAUAUGAUGCCGAGGUCAAAGCUCUAAGACAGGAACUGGACAACGCUCGUGCCGGAGGCAUGCCUUCUCAUAUGGGCAACCAACCUCAAUACGGCAGCGCAUCGCAGCCUCAACCCCCUGCUCUUGGCCAUGGUCCCAGCAAUCUGUUCAGCGGAAUCAUGGCAAAUUCAGGGCAAGGAGGGCCAGGUCUUGCCCCACCCCCCAGUCAGGAUCAGCAGCCGCCUCCCCAGCAACACCCUCUGCAGCCUCCCAUUCCAGGACCACAGCCAGCUGGACCACCUCCUGCUCAGCAACCAGGGCCUUUCCAGGGCUAUCAGGCAGGUCCUCCCGCAGUUAAUGGCUAUGGGCCUCAACCACCCCAGCCUACUAGCUCGCCUGGGAUGAACAAGAACAGGCCAUCAAAUCGAGGUCCGCCAGGUCCCGCCACUCCUCAACAAGGCCAGCUCUCUUAUCCAGAUCCUAGAGCUUCUCCUCAGAUUGGACGUUCAGCGGGAGCUGGACCAAACCCACAUCCUCCCUUCCAUGGCGGUUAUGGCAAUCAAUUGGCAGACAUUGACCCGGACACUGCUCCUGACCACCUAAAACGACGGGGCACCGAGUGGUUCGCUGUCUUCAACCCAGAUGUACCCCGUGUUCUUGACGUAAAUUUGGUGCACAAUUUGGUGCAUGAAAGCGUCGUCUGCUGUGUCCGAUUCAGCAUUGACGGUCGAUAUGUCGCCACUGGUUGCAAUCGUUCCGCACAGAUCUUUGACGUCAGUACUGGUCAGCAGGUGUCCGUUCUUCAGGAUGAGACUGUGGACAAAGAUGGCGAUCUAUACAUUCGAAGUGUCUGCUUCAGUCCGGAUGGUAAGCUACUCGCUACCGGAGCCGAAGACAAGUUAAUCAGGGUCUGGGACAUUCAAUCCAAGAAGAUCCGGAACAUCUUUGGCGGCCACGAACAGGAUAUCUACUCUCUCGAUUUCGCUCGAAAUGGACGCCAUAUCGCUUCUGGCAGUGGUGACAAGACCGUCCGUCUCUGGGACAUUGACGUUAGUCAACAAGUCCUUACGCUCAGCAUCGAGGAUGGCGUCACCACUGUAGCUAUCUCCCCAGAUGGUCGUUAUGUCGCUGCCGGGUCACUGGAUCGAAGUGUGCGUGUCUGGGAUUCCACUAGUGGAUAUCUGGUCGAACGCCUCGAAGGUGGCGAGGGCCACAAAGACAGUGUCUACUCUGUUGCCUUCUCCCCAGAUGGACACCAACUAGUCAGCGGUAGUCUUGACAAAACAAUCAAGAUGUGGGAGUUGACGCCACAGAAGGGCAUGUUGCCAGGUAGUGGACCGAAGGGCGGGAAAUGCAUUCGAACUUUUGAAGGACAUAAGGACUACGUCCUCAGCGUCUGUCUAACCCCACAUGGCGAGUGGGUCAUGAGCGGCUCCAAAGAUCGUGGUGUCCAAUUCUGGGACCCGCAGACCGGCAUUGCGCAGAUGAUGCUUCAAGGUCACAAAAACUCGGUCAUUUCCGUCGCACCAUGUCCUACUGGAUCCCUGUUCGCGACCGGCAGUGGAGACAUGAGAGCAAGAAUCUGGAGCUACGGUCCUUUCGCAGGGGAGAGACGAUAA